GGUCCAUUUAAAGGUUGCUAGCGCGACCUCCUGUACUGUAGAAUGUAGUAUGGACCAUAGGACAGGACGAAGAAGUCCCGUUAAGAAGCUGUGGAGGCCUAAGAUGCUCUACUAGUCUGCUGGAAAUCCAAAGAAGACGAAGGAGUAAAAAGCAAAAUGGCGUUUGACAGAGAAGGCCUAAACGUGGCCACUGGCCAUUAUUGUUUCUCUAUUUGUAUUUAGUGCAUACAUGUACGCAUAUAUGUCGUGUAGUAGAUGAAACAUUGUUAGUCAUUGUUUGUAUCCGGAUACAUUAGUCUGAGCGCACUUUAUGUGCUAGCUUAGCUUGCUAGUUAGCUUAGCUUGUUAGCUGCUAACAAAGAGACGCGGACGUUAUCAACACAUCGCUAAGUAGAGAUCAAAUGUGAGUGUAAAGUGUUGUGAUUGUGUGAACAUGUGCGAAAGAACGAUAGCAAAGUAUGAGGAGGAACUUUGUCCAACAAAAGGGAAGGAGCGACAACAUCAACUACAGGACGCUGUUUUCAAGAAACAUCAAGUUGUGUUACACAGAACAGACGUCCAGCAGCCCCCCCACAUUAAAGAGGAAGAGGAGGCUCCACAGCCGCCUCACAUUAAAGAGGAAGAGGAGGAAGUGUGGAUCACUCAGGAGGGAGAGUGUCUUCUAGGGCAGGAGGAGGAUGAUGUCACCAAGUUUCCACUGACUGUUGUCUCUGUGAAGACUGAAGAGCAUGAAGACAAACCCCCUGAGUCCUCACAGCUUCAUCACAGUCCAAACGUCUGUGAAGAACAAGUUCUGCCUGAAGAACAGGAGUGUAGCUUCAGGAUGGUGAAGGAGGAUCCAUCAAAGAGGAAGACCAGGCGCCACAGACCCUCUGGCGUCUCUUUUUCCUCUUUGACACAGACCCUUCCCUGUAAAAAGGAAGAGGAAGACUCACUGACCCCCUACAUUAAAAAGGAAGAGGAGGAACACAGCAUCAGUCAGGAGGGAGAUCAUAUUGAAGGACUGGUAGAGUUCCCAGUGACUGGUGUCCCUGUGAAGAGUGAAGAUGAUGAGGUCAAAGGUGAAAGUGAGGAGAAGAGAGAGGCGGAGCCUCCAAGCAGCAGCUCAACACAACACAUGACAACAGAAGCUGAUGGAGACCACUGUGGAGGAUCACAAGCAGACAAGCUCUUAGCUCCACUAUCAGAUAGUGAGGACACAACGUCACACUCUCCUGACACUGAUGAUGAAGACUCUAAAGAUGAUAAGACAUGUCACACUGACAACACUCACUUGAAAUGUUCUCACUGUGACAAAACCUUUAAAUACCAUUGUCAUCUGAAAACACACAUGAGAACACACACUGGAGAAAAACAUUUUACCUGUUCACUCUGUAGUAAAGGUUUUGCACAAAGUCAAAAUUUGAAAGUACACAUGAGAACACACACUGGUGAAAAACCUUUUUCCUGUUCAACCUGUGGUAAAAGUUUUACACAAAAAAAUGUGCUGAACGAACACAUGCCAAUACACACUGGAGAAAAACAUUUUACCUGUUCAAUAUGUGGUAAAAGUUUUACACACAGUCAGAGUUUGAAAAAACACACAAUUUUACACACUGGUGAAAAACCUUUUAUCUGUUCAAUCUGUAGUAAAGGUUUUGUGCAAAGUAACAAUUUGAAAGUACACAUGAGAACACACACUGGUGAAAAACCUUUUUCCUGUUCAGUCUGUGGUAAAGGUUUUGCAGAAAGUCAAAAUUUUAAAAAACAUACAAGAACACACACUGGUGAAAAAUCACAUUCCUGUUCAAUCUGCAACAGAAGCUUUUGUGAACGAUCAACCCUUAGAACACACAUGAGAACACACACAGGAGAUAAAUUGUUGAGUUGCAGUGUGUGUGGUGAAAGAUUCUCUUAUAAGUACCAGUGUAAGAAACACAAGUGUGCUGGUGAGAACAGCAGCAGCAAAUGAAACCUCAGGAUUUGAAACAAACUGUCAAAACUUAAAUUUUGACUUUGUAACAACAUCAACAAAUAAAACAUUUGUGACAUUGUUGUUUGUGUAACAAUCUUUUUAAUAUGCUUCUACAUUUAUAGAUUAGUUAUUUUAUAAUAGUGUUUUUUUUAACCCCUAGUAUGUGCAAAGCCAUUCAUCAACAACACC